AUGCCACGCAAAUCGGGUCCUACUAAGACCACGUCUUCUACUCCUCCUGCCGGCCCUACAACGGGAGCCCGCAGAGCUACGGCCACUGGUCCUAGUCACGGCAGGAAAAGUAGUCAUACCUCUACCACACAGCAGCAGUCUUCUCCUCCAAGCUCUCCUACUCCUACUACAACUUCAUCUACCCCUACUGCUCCCACACACGCUCCACCAGCUGCCCCUACGGCCCAUUCGGCGUCUAACCCGACCCCGGUAGCAGCGGCCAGCCCUCCUCCUGCUGCCCCCUCCGGUGGUGGUGGCGGCGGGAUGCUGUCUGGCUUGGCUGGAUCUCUGAUGGGAGGCAUGGCAUCGGGCGUGGGGAUGUCAGUUGCCAAUCGCGCAGUUGAUGCUAUCUUCGGCCCUAGGCAGACAGAGGUUGUCCACAAGCACGAAGGAGGCCCUUCCUCGGCCCCAGCGGACCCAUGCACGAGCCAGCAAGACAGCCUUAAUCAGUGCCUGUCGAGUAAGGAGUCGUUCGAAUGCCAGUCCCUUGUUGAUCAGCUCAAGCAGUGCAAAGCACAGGGAGCAUGA